AUGAUUGACCAAAUUAUAGCCAACUUACUCCGGAAAACGUUGAAAACACUAGCACCAAAAUUGUCUGGUAGUAAAGAGGAAAAUGUUACCGAUUGGGUGAAGACGUAUGAAGAAUUAGAAUGGCCAGAACAAGGUGAAACAUGGGCUGAUUUCGAGAUAAAAGAACAACGAGAAAGGUUUCAAAAAACACCAAUAAAUGAAUGUGAUAUAUUAAGUAGUGGCAAACAAUUAUCGACAGCAUCAGGAGAAGGAGAAGAAAUCAAUGAUAACAAACAAGAGCAAUUACCAAGUGGUGUUAUUGGGACGAUGGAUAAAAGUCAUACUGUCCUAUUGUCAAAAUUAUAUGAGACAAUGAAACAAUUUCAAGUGAAAAGGAAAUCACAACCAGUAUCAUUGUCGUCAUCAUUAUUACAAUUCACACGCUGUACUGGUGGUUUGUCACCCCUAUGCUUCUAUAAUGGUACAAGUGGUGGAAAAGCAUUAUUCACAACAAGUAUUGAGGAUAUUUAUCAAGUAUUAAAUGAUGGUGGCCGUAUAUUCAUCAUACGUUUAUUGGAACAUGACAUGACUAAUUAUAUAUUUGGUAAUACGGAUUGGUUAUGGCAAUUUAUGGUUCCGUGA